AAUGGAGGAUUAAUAUUAAGAUAUAAAUAAAAAAUUGGAUGAACUUUAAUUGGAAAGUUAAGAAACAACAGAAUUAUAAAAAGAAGACAAUGAAAUAAUAAAAGGGAAUAAGGAUUAUUAAAUUGCAAUUAAAUAAGGUAAUUAAUAGGUCUUAUUAUAGUCUAUUCGACUUUGACAAAAAAAUAAAGGGAAUUUUAUUAUUUGCUAACUGAAGAUGAGUACAAAAGAGUAUUAGCAGCACUUAAAACAUAAUAAUAUUCUAGGUUGAGACCACUUGUUUGGUUAAAUGAUGAAGUAAUCAGAAUAAAUAUAUUUGUUAGAUUAUAAAUAAUUUUACAAAACUAUUAGACUUCAAUAAUGGGACUGUCAUCUUAAAUUCAUUUUAAUUUGAUUUAUUGAUAAAAGCUGAUGAUGUUAAAUUCAAAAGAAUAACAUAAAGAGCUAAAAUAGAUUAAAAUACCAAAUAAAUAUUAGCUCCUUUUAAUUAAAAUAAUGUGCAUUGGUACACUUUUUAAAUUAAUUUUGAAUAAUCUGUUAUCACAAUAUAUGAUAGUAUGAAAAGAAGUAAUUAUCCUUAAUUGUUCCAUGAACUUAUUGAACUCGCAUAGAGAAUUUAGAACAAAGAAUAUGAACUAAAAGUAGGUAAUUGCCCAUAACAAAGCAAUACACAUGAUUGUGGAGUUUUUACUUUAAAAAAUAUAUGGAUAUUAUCUAAAUAUCCUAAUGCUAAGUUAUAAAUUUACUAUGAUUAAUCAACCAUCUUUUAUGAUAGAAUACAAAUAUGCCAUUCGUUAUUGCAAUAAAAGAUUUGA